AUGCCGCGGCGCCCCUGCGAGCCCGACGGCUCCCCAGGGGGCAGGCGCACGGCGGCGGCCUGUGCAGAGCCCGCUCGGCUGGGCACGCCGCCUCGCCGGGAGCGCGCAGGCGUCCCGGGGCAGCCCGCGACGCACGGAGGGGAGCCCGGCAGUGCCCACUGCGCCGCCGACGCGGCCUGUGCGGCCGGCAGCGCGGGGCGGCCUGGGACCUCUGCGCGGACACGCGCCGGCUGGCGGCGGCCCAGUCUCGCCGAGCCCUGCGCCAAGCGUGCGCGGAGUGGCGGCGGCACGCCCCCGGGACCGGGCCCGGCAGGCCCUCCUCGAGCGGGCGCGGUGCUGACCGAGCCGAGCGCUGGCGUCCACAACGGCGGGUGGGAUAACGAGGAGCACCACUACAUCUGCCGCGUCGGGGGCCUGAUCGCUCCGGGCGGCGCCGAGGGCCUCGAGGAGGCAUACACGAUCUCCGGACGCCUCGGCCAGGGCGCCUUCGCCCAGGUGCUGCACUGCCACGGGCCGGGGCCUCGCGGCGGCCCCGUGGCCCUGAAGGUCGUGAAGCACCGGGACUAUUGCGGGGACGCGGGCGUGGAGGUCCAGGCCGAGGCGGAGUUCCUCGAGGAGCUGAGGGGCCACCCGAACAUCGUCUGGCUGGCGGGGGCGUUCGAGUGCCGCGGGCACCCGUGCCUGGCGCUGGAGAGGCUGGGCCCCAGCCUGCUGCAGGUGCUGAGGGAGCGCGGCCGGCCUGGGCUGCCCGCGCGCUUCGUCCGUGCGGCCGGGCGGCAGCUGGCGUCCGCCCUGGGCCGGCUCCGCGAGGCGCGCCUCGUGCACGGGGACGUGAAGCCCGAGAACGCCCUGCUGGCCAGCGAGGUGCUCGGGAGGCCGUGCUGGCCCGGGACCCGAGGGCGCGCCGAGCCGUUGGUGAAGCUUGUGGACUUCGGCACCGCCCAGCGGUGCACAGAGGGCAAGGACGGUCCAGAGGUCCCCCGCUCUGACGAGAUCACCAUCCAGACCCUGCCCUACCGGGCGCCAGAGGUCUUCCUCGGCCUGCCCUUCGCGUACCCCGCGGACAUGUGGAGCCUCGGUUGCGUCCUCGGGGAGCUGUUCGCCGGCGAGCCCGUCUUCCCCCACUGCGUCUCCGAGCAGCACGUACUGCACCGCAUCGUGGCGCUGCGGGGCCAGCUGCCGGCGCACAUGCUGCAGGCGGCCCCCUACGUGGAGGAGUACUUCCACAGGCGAGACCUGCCGCCGGCGGGGCCGCCAUGGCGCCAGGGGCGGUUGGCGAGGUGGCUGGAGGCGCUCCUCCUGAGUGCGAGGGCCCCAAUGGCCCGCGGUGGUGCUGGGCCCGCGUUCGCCUUCGAGUUGCGCGACCCAGGGUCGGGCAGGAUCGAUGCGGGCACGCUGUCGCAACACGUGGCGGCGGCGAAGUACGAGGUCGCGAGGCGCGCGGUCCUGGGCGCCCCCCGGCGGCUGCGGCCGCACGAGCUCGCGAGACAGCGUGCCCAGCGGGGACGGCUCCUGGACUUCCUGGUGCUGGCGCUGCGCACGGACCCGAAGAGGAGCUUCAGCAGGGUGACUAGGGGGCAGUCCAGGCUGACAGCCAGUGCCACGUGCGAGAAAGUGACGUCUGGAAACGUCCGCGACGUGGGCUCGAAGGCGAGUAGCCCGUGA